GACGCCUGUUGUCAGGGGAUCACAUGAUAUGACAAAGCAGUUAGCGGCUUCUUUCCAGACGACAACAGAGACUGCGGCUAUUGACUCCUCCAAGAUGCUGGCCCUCAUUAACAGACUGUUAGACUGGUUCCGCUCGCUUUUUUGGAAGGAAGAGAUGGAGCUCACGUUAGUUGGACUUCAGUACUCGGGAAAAACUACUUUUGUCAAUGUGAUCGCUUCGGGGCAGUUCAGUGAAGACAUGAUUCCCACAGUGGGUUUCAACAUGAGGAAGGUCACUAAGGGCAACGUAACAAUAAAGAUCUGGGACAUAGGUGGACAGCCGCGCUUCAGAAGCAUGUGGGAACGCUACUGUAGGGGAGUCAAUGCUAUUGUUUACAUGGUGGAUGCAGCAGACAGAGAGAAAAUAGAAGCUUCCAGAAACGAACUGCACAACCUCUUAGACAAACCACAACUACAAGGAAUUCCUGUUUUAGUCCUCGGUAACAAGCGGGACUUACCCAAUGCGCUGGAUGAGAAGCAGCUCAUUGAAAAAAUGAACCUUUCUGCCAUUCAGGACCGAGAGAUCUGCUGCUACUCUGUGUCCUGCAAGGAGAAAGACAACAUAGAUAUCACACUGCAGUGGCUCAUCCAGCACUCAAAAUCAAGAAGAAGCUGAAAUUACAGUCCCCCCCCCCCCUCACCACCACCUCUGCCCGGUCGCAGCGCUGGCCUCAGCCCUCCUCCCCCUCCCUUUCAGUCAGGGGUCCUCAAAAGUCCCCCUUUGCACUGCCUCUGUGAAGUAAUCCAGCUUUCUCCACUCACUACCGCCCCCUGCACCAUCAUGUACACUACCAUACAUAUGUAUCCUUCUGUACAGCACCAACCCCCCACCCGUACAACUGGAGUCUCACUACUCUAACAGCGGGUGGAUUCUCCAUCCGAGUCGGGCCUUCUUAGUAGCCACAACGAACAUGCUCUGAGUCUGUGUGCAUCAUGGAGGUUUCUUCUUAUUGGUUUUCAGGAAUCUAACGGUACUGCAGUGUGCUGCUUCCCAGCAUCAAACACCUUCUCUGUUUUCUGUCAACAUUCAGCGCUUGUGCGACACUGUUUGAUUGUAGUUUUGAGCGGUUCUUUGGCAAAUAAGGAUGGUUGCUUCUGCCUCUGCUAUAAUCUCCCUGCAAAGUUGGCCACGUUCUUAUAUUUACCGUCUGGGUGUCUUAGAUUCAAGUUUAAAUGCAACUUUAAAUGUCAUUAGAAGGAAGAUUUUGGUGUGGCUUUUGUGUCUCCAGGCAAAAUUCCCAAGCCAAAUUUUAAGUGCCUUUGACUGUGAAAGUGUCCCAAUCAGACGGUUAUUUCCCAACGCAGCUCCCUGCCUGCUCCCGCAACCAAACGCUCGGAGGAGACACGACUCUGAGCUCUUGAUCACCCUUAACAGCGCCUCUAGACAAUCUCCUUUUAAGCUCUGUAAACACAUACACAUUAUGGUGUCUGAGAAGUGACAGUGCUGUGCUGCUGAUGAAGAAUGAAUGAGAAAAUGUUACAUGUCUGCUUCCUGGAGCAGUGGAAUGCUGUUGCACUUGCAGCCUUUUGAGUCAUGUCUAGCUUUGAAAGAUGGGAUAAAUCACGGUUUCAGUUCUCAGAUUGUUAAAGUAUUUUAAGCAAAGAACCUGAGCUCAGUGCGUGUGCACCUAGAUGUCUCCGUCACGGUGCAUUUUAUCUGAAGGGGGGUUGGGUAACGGAGAGCCAGUGUUAUUCAUGAAGAGGUUUGAAAUUCUCCAUCUCUUGCAACACCUCUGCUGAAAUAAAACAAAAAAAGCUACAGUAGGCAAAAAGUAAAUGUGUUUAUUUACAGGUGUUUGCUUUUUAUUGAUAAUACUAAUUGUUUAAACUACUAUCCUCUCAUCUGGUUGAUCAAUAUCAAUCAGUUUUUCUUCCUUUUGCGUAAGGAUACCUCUGGAGUGGGUUCAAUCACCUACCUGCAGGAUCUCUGUCGCCAUGCCCACAUUCCCAUCACUCUGUUUUAUCACAGAUAGUCCGUACAUUGAUUGUCGGGACCACAGCAGCAGUGAGGGGCUGUUCAUUUGGCUGACAGUGAGGCUCAUCUUGCAGAAAGCUUUUGUUACCUGUGAAAUAAAUAUAGGCUAUUUGCUACAUUUGUGUCUGCAUGUGCUUGGCUUGUUCACAUUAAUUAGUAGACUUUGUAAAUAAGACGUUAGCUUUUUCAUUCAAAUAAAUGCUCCUGUAGAUCUCAUGCAUUCUCUCCCUGUGGUUGCCAAUAAAAUUUUGUUUUUAUUUAUAAGGA